AUGUUCAUUGNCUUCCAGGGCUUCAACGAAGGAAUUUUCGCAUUUGCUGAGCCUCCUUUCCCCUCGCUACUUAACACUUCCUUCGAUGUUUUCAUGGUCGUAGAGAUCGGUGAAUUUAACACCUCCAUGGCAGAACUCUCGAUUGUGGAUUUGGCUUUUCGAAAUCCAAGGAACAGAUCGCAGAUACAGAUGAAACGAAGAAUGUUCAAUGAAGAUCGUGACGAAAUAUAUGUGACCGAACUUCAACUCUCUGUUCCAGAUAACAUAACAGACAUCAACCCAUUCAAUUCUUCAACACUAGUGCCUGAUUAUGGCAAAAUCGAAAUCGGCGGUCGUCCUCUCCUUGUUCCUGCUUUUGCGACUGGAUCAUUGAAAGCAGAUUCGAAUGCACAAUCAGAUGUUUUAGUGAUUGGCCUCGGUGGUGCGCAGUUGACCAAUUAUCUUCAUAACACUUUUCCGAAGAUGAAUUUGACAAUUGUCGAAUUAGAACCAACGAUGGUUGAAGCAGCACGAAAAUAUUUCGGGAUGAAAGAAGAUAAAACUCAACGCGUUUUGGUCAUGGAUGGAGUUGAUUUUCUGAAGAAGGCAGCUGAAUAUGGUCACUACUUAUUGAUUAUACUUACCCCAUUGAGGACUUUUUUUUGA